CAGACUUACACCUCUUGGAUAUGUUGACCCCAACUGAGAGAAAGCGACAGGGCUACAUCCACGAGCUCAUUGUCACGGAGGAGAACUAUGUGAAUGACCUGCAGCUGGUCACGGAGAGCGCUGAGAGUUCGCAAGAAGAUGUCUGGGGAGAAGAUGCCUGUGAAGAUGAUCGGGGACAUCCUGACUGCCCAGCUGCCACACAUGCAACCCUACAUCCGCUUCUGCAGCUGCCAGCUCAACGGGGCUGCCUUGAUCCAGCAGAAGACAGAUGAGGCCCCCGACUUCAAGGAGUUUGUCAAAAGACUGGCCAUGGACCCUCGCUGUAAGGGAAUGCCACUCUCUAGUUUUAUACUGAAGCCUAUGCAACGGGUAACGAGAUACCCACUGAUCAUUAAAAAUAUACUGGAAAACACUCCUGAAAACCACCCAGACCACAGCCAUUUGAAGCACGCCCUGGAGAAGGCAGAGGAGCUGUGCUCCCAGGUGAACGAAGGGGUGCGGGAGAAGGAGAACUCGGACCGGCUGGAGUGGAUCCAGGCCCAUGUGCAGUGUGAAGGCCUGUCUGAGCAACUUGUGUUCAAUUCAGUGACCAAUUGCUUGGGGCCACGCAAGUUUCUUCACAGUGGGAAACUCUACAAGGCCAAGAGCAACAAGGAGCUGUAUGGCUUCCUCUUCAACGACUUCCUCCUGCUGACCCAGAUCAUAAAGCCCCUGGGCUCUUCGGGCACCGACAAAGUCUUCAGCCCCAAAUCAAACCUGCAGUAUAAAAUGUACAAAACCCCUAUUUUCCUAAAUGAGGUUCUAGUAAAAUUGCCCACUGACCCUUCCGGGGAUGAACCCAUCUUCCACAUUUCCCACAUUGACCGAGUCUACACCCUCCGAGCAGAAAGCAUAAACGAAAGGUUCUGCCCCGGAGCCAAAUGA